AUUUCUCCGCUGUGCAGAGAUCUGAUAAUCGGGCUGUGUUUGAUACUGUACCUUGGUAUCCGUGUGUGUGUUUUGUUCUGAUAUUAAGUGUCGUUAUAAGUCCAGAGCAAGUGUAUUGUGAGGAAUGCGGUGGCUGCUUGCCACAAGAAAGAUGGCGUCAUCUGUGGAACCCCUCGAGGACCAGGAUCAGUACGAAGCCGACCUCGGGGAAAGCGCGUACGAGUCGACUGUGACAUUCGCACCAAAUGACUUGCUAGGCAUGGCGCCCAAUGACGAAGAAAAGAUUGUUUUCACUGGCUGGAUGUGGAUCACGUCAUUCGCCAUUUUGACGUUUGGUACCAUGGGGAUCAUUUUCAUGGUCGCUAGGGAAACCAUCAAGUACUGCCGGAGGUGCCAAGAACGGGAAGGCAUUGAGCGAGCCCAGUCUAUAAACGCUCUCAACCCCCAUCAUCGCACAGACGGGCACUUGUCGACCCCGGGUUCCCCGUUGGGUCCCCGGGUUUUCGCGCCCAACAUCGUCUUAUCAGCCUUCAGCGGACCGCACAGAUAAAAACCGGAAGAAGACGAAGAAAAAAACAAGGAGAAGAGAAACGGAAGGAACCACAAAAAUGAAGAAGAGGAGGUUUUUUUUUCUGGGGGAAAAAUACUCUCGUGUUGGGACUCAAAUGGAGUGAAUUAUUUAUUCCUGAUGUAAUCUAAAAGACCACCUUUUCAGAAACAAAACAAAAAACAUUUGUUUGUUUUUUUCCUGUCGGGAAAUGAGAAAAAAAGAAACAUUGGUGGUCUUUGCAAAGUGUUACCUACAAACAAAUAGAAACAUCUAGUCGAGUGUGUUCAGUACAGUAUUUUGAUUUUGUUUUUUUCAUGAUUUUAAUCGCUUUCAUAAAUAUUUUGUGGGCUUGGAUGUGCUUUUAUGGAAUUUUGGAGGCCAUGCUUGAAAGAGUUUACAAAAUGUUUUUCCCUCGAAAGUCUUGCGAAUCACAAGCAUUGAUUUUAUUGCAGACGGAUGAAAACUGAUGGUCAAUUUUCUAAUGGUCUGUUUUUCUAAUGUUCUAAUGGUCUGUUUUCGUUGAUUCGAAGAGAAAACAUCCGAUUAAAAAAAAUGGAUUUCAGAAAACAUUUUAUAAAUGAAUUUGAGAAACCCUGAAGUGGAUUUGAACCAUUUGAAAAUUGGCGGUUUUUUUUUCAUGAUCCUAAUUUUUAGAAUAAUUUCUUUAAAAAUUAAAAUGUUUUAAUACUUUUUAGAUAAAUUUAAGAAACAUUAGGUGAAUAAUGACAUUAAAAAUUCACCUGCUUCAAUUUAUUUGGCAAUGAUCCAUUUCUAUGGGAUAACAAUUUAUCUGAUACCAAACUGAUUUUAGUUGAUUUUUUCGUAUUUUUAAGCUGAGUUUCUGAAUAAUUUAUAUUCGCCCAGAUAAUUUCAGAGCCAUUUAGUUGCAGUUUUGAGUUUUAUCCUGAACAGUUUUCCAUUAAGAAAAACAGUUUUUCAUCGAUUGACUGAUGGAUGAAUUUUUUAAACAUUUGCCUUAUGUAAGACGCUCGAAUAGUUUUUAAUUUUUCAAUGAUAGAAGAAUAAAUGAAAUCAAUUUUUGAAAAAUAUGACAUUUUAAUUCAUCCGACUGCAAUGACGAUUUAUGAGUAAGUCCCGAGACUUUCGGGAAAACAUUCGUAUCUCGUGCUCGAAAGAAUUCGUCAAUUUCUGCGCAAAAAAAAGAGGGCUUCUUGUUGUUCAGUUUUUUGUCAACGCUUGGUUUUUUUCAAGUGUGUUUUCUUUUAUAUUUAUGAUGGAUAUCGAUGUGCUUUCUGCUGCGAAACCUGAGGGUAAAUUUUUUCCUUUCGGAACUGUGUGUCGCGGUUCGAUACCGUCCCCCCCUAGUGGGGGAUCAAGGAAGUGCCCGAGGAACGUUGAUCUCAUUGUUUGCUGUGCUGAAGAAAAAAAAAGAAAACAAAAAAGGAGGGAAAAAAGACAAAAAAAGAAAGA